AGUCGGAGAGAAGCUGCGGGAUCUGAUGGAGGAGCGGCCGGGGGGCGCCUUGCGGCAGUAGCGCGGCGGCACAAUGGGCUUGUCCUCUUCAGCUCCGCGGGGGGCUAGGGCUUAAGGGGCGAGGAGGAGGCGGCAAGAGAGGCGCGUGGGGGGCACCAUGAGCUCAGCCGAAAUUAAGAAGCCACCAGUGGCACCAAAACCAAAAUUUGUGGUAGGACACAAGGCAUCACCUCCCCCUGUUGCACCUAAGCCAGAUGUUGUGUUUGCUGGUGUUAUACAAACAACAAAGAAAACUAAACCAGCGAUAGCACCAAAACCAAAGGUUCUCAAGAGUUCAUCUGUUCCUGAAGUUAGACCACCAUCAUCUUUAAGAAAAAGCACAAAAAGCCUAGAAGAACACAAAGGAGAUUCUUCUGAAACUGUAGACCACCUGAAUUAUAAAAAUGGAGACUCCACAGAAAACACUGAGGAUACCACUUACAUUAUACCAAUGUGUUCUUGCAAUUUUGAAUGCAUCCAUAAGCUUGGAAAUGGGGAGAGCACAUGUAAAACUCAAAUAAUUUUUGAACACUUAGAGAAUAUCAAGAUAAGUGAACAAAUUGCACCAUCUAUAAAAGGUGGGACAGUACAGGAGAGUCAUAGUGAAAAAGUGGCAAAUAGAAAUCAGGUAGUUUUAAAGGCCAGCCUUCUGGAAGGGACACUCAAAGAUGUUCUAACACAAAGUGUAUUCCCUAAUAGUAGCUCUUUGAGGCACAAGUGUCCAGAUAAACUUGAAAGGGAUGAUGGUAGUAGUUCUAACAAUGAAGUUAAAAUAGAGUGUACAGAUCUUGUGCAGUUAUCUGGUUCUGAGGAAGCUACAGGCAAGCCACAAAAUAACUACAAUAAGAGAGAUGCUGAUGAAAUCCACAUGUCUGAAACUUGUUCCAGUCUGACUGAAAGUAGCCACAAAUGCUAUUGCUCGUUGGACCUGGAGCAGUGUCAAUGUAAGAUGACAUUACUGGAAGAUGUCAAUGUAAACAGUGAUAGUACAUUUGUAGGUGGAAUCUGUAUGAAAGGAGAUGAUGUUAAAACAUCAUCUUCCUCUGGAGCAUGUUCAGCACCCAGCUCAAAAAUGCAUCCAGUUCCAAAACCGAGAAAGCUGCGUGCUGCGUGUCUAGUCCGUCAAGAUGGUAUAGAUACUUCCGGGGAAGGAACAAGAGAACCAAUUAAUUCGAAGUGUGAUUCUUCUGGAUCUUCUGAGCACAUCUUUAAUAAAAAAACAGCAAAAAUUAAUGUUCUUGGUCAGAGUGUUUCAUAUAAUGAUCAUCCAGAAAAAGUGCAUCAGACUAAUCCGUUUGAGUUUCCUCAAAAUCUUGCUGAGAAAAUACACUGGAUGAAGGACUCUACUGAUACUGAAGAAUCAGCCUCACAGAAUAUCUUGCCUCAACUUGUGCAAGAAGCUUCUCUCAUGACAGAAAAUGUUGAACGUUCCUUGGACGAAGAUCUUAAUUUAACAAGUCCUGCAGAUGAAAUGACAGAUGAAACUAGUAUAUUAGCUGCUGUGGACAAAAGGACUAGUUUUAUACGAAGCAGUACUCUGUCCAUGAGUUUGCCUAAGCAACUAAAAUUGACUUGCAAUCAGCACUUGCCUGCCUCCAGUAGCCUUGAUGUUUCUGCUCAGAAACCAGAAGAUAAAGAGAUUCAUGUAAAAGAUGAAAGUUCACCAAGGAUUGUUCCUAAAAAACCUCAAAGACACAGCUUGCCUGCUGCUGGACUGCUGAAAAAAGCUGCAUCAGAGGAGCUUGUUGAAAAAAGUUCUUAUAUUUCCAAUGAAGAUAAAAAACCAGAAAAUGUUCUGGAAAGAACUCCUUUAAGGCAUAUAUCGGCCAAAGAACAAGGUACGUCACCUUACGGUGACAUGCCAAAACGUUCUUCAGAGAAACCUGUCUGGAAAUUACCUCAUCCUAUCCUGCCAUUUUCAGGCAAUCCAGAAUCGUUAAAAACUGCCACCAUUGCCACAAACUCUGACCUUUCAACUGCUGGGAUCAAGCCUAGAGCUAAAUCUCUGUCUUCCGUGGAUAUGGAAAGAACAGACAAGCCUUGCAAAGACAGUCCAAAGAAAAACACUUUAAAGAAAUUUCUCAACAUUAAAUUGUCUGUUUGCAUAAUGAAAAGUGACUUCCAGAAAUUCUUUUCCAAGGGCAGCCAGUCCAUGGAUGGUGCCAUAGCUAGUCUUUCCACUGGGGAAGGGAAUGGUAUUGGUAACAACUGGAAUGUAACAUCCCUAGCAAGCGAAAGGAAAACUAAAUCUGCGAAGGCACGUUCUGCAGAAAUAAGUAGCCCAGCAUCACAAAAGAAAAGACAGAGACAUAGGAGUCAGCAUGAUAUACCAAACAGUCAAAGAUUAGAGUCUUCAGAUGAACAAAUAUUCUCAGGGAAGCAGUUGUCACAAACGCACUUGAAUUCUCUUACAAGCGAUUAUCCACCAGAAUAUGAGAAUGUGCGCCACUAUGAAGAAAUUCCAGAGUGUGAAAACUUGCCUUUUAUUCUGUCUUCUGAUAAAAAUCCAUGUUUUGAAUGGCAGAAUUCCUGCAGUAUGGUGGAAGAUAAUGACACAAAUGUAUAUGAGGUAGAAGAACCAGAUGACGCUACAAGCAGCCAUUCAAGACAUGGCAGGACAUCAGAAGAUCACCGUGAUUCCAAUGCGUUGAUGGGAGAGGUUCAAUCAGAUGAAGAGAUUAUCAACAGCUCUGAUGAGGAAGAUGACACAAAUUCUGAUUCUAGCAAAGGGGAGCUUGAUCUUCAAGAAUAUAAGCAGAGCAAAGCAGCUGGAAAGAAAACGAAAGUUUACCAUAUUGCCAAGGAGAUCAUGAGCUCGGAGAAAGUAUUUGUGGAUGUGCUAAAGCUCUUGCACAUUGAUUUCCGGGAUGCAGUGGCACAUGCUUCCAGGCAGUUAGGAAAGCCGGUGAUUGAGGAUAGGAUCCUGAAUCAGAUCCUGUACUACCUACCUCAGCUGUAUGAACUUAAUCAGGACCUCCUCAGAGAAUUAGAAGAGAGACUGUCUCACUGGAUUGACUAUCAAAGAAUCGCUGAUAUAUUUGUGAAAAAAGGACCCUACUUAAAGAUGUAUUCAACUUAUAUCAAAGAAUUUGAUAAGAAUGUUGCGCUGCUAGAUGAACAAUGCAAGAAGAACCCUAGUUUUGCUGCUGUGGUUAAAGACUUUGAGAUGAGUCCUCGCUGUGCUAGUCUGGCACUCAAGCACUAUCUGCUCAAGCCAGUUCAGAGGAUUCCCCAGUACAGGCUGCUUUUGACAGAUUAUUUAAAGAAUCUUUUAGAAGACUCAGCAGACUAUAGGGAUACUCAAGGUGCUCUGGCUGUUGUCAUAGAAGUAGCCAACCAUGCCAAUGAUAUCAUGAAACAGGGAGAUAACUUUCAGAAGCUCAUGCAGAUUCAAUACAGUUUAAAUGGGCAUCAUGAGAUUGUUCAACCAGGAAGGGUCUUUCUCAAAGAAGGAACGUUGAUGAAGCUUUCCAGGAAGGUCAUGCAGCCGCGAAUGUUUUUUCUGUUUAAUGAUGCUCUGUUAUAUACAACUCCAGUACAGUCUGGCAUGUAUAAACUCAACAACAUGCUUUCAUUGGCUGGAAUGAAGGUUAGAAAACCAACCCAGGAAGCUUAUCAAAAUGAGUUGAACAUAGAAAGCGUAGAGCGAUCCUUCAUACUCUCAGCAAGUUCUGCUACAGAAAGAGAUGAAUGGUUAGAAGCCAUCUCCAGAUCAAUUGAAGACUAUACAAAGAAGAGAAUCACAUUUAACCCAAGUAAAAGUCUUGAAGAGGCUGAUCCAGAGAAAGAGGAUGAAGAUAGUCCUCUCGGAUCAAAGGCUCCCAUCUGGGUUCCUGAUACUAGAGCCACUAUGUGUAUGAUCUGUACUAGUGAAUUCACGUUGACCUGGAGAAGACAUCACUGCAGGGCAUGUGGAAAGAUUGUCUGCCAAGCAUGUUCCACAAAUAAACAUGGCUUAGACUAUAUGAAAAACCAACCAGCAAGAGUAUGUGAUCAUUGCUUCAAAGAACUACAGAAACAAGAUAACCACUUCACUCCUAAGAGUGGAUCCCCAGUGAACCAUAAAUCUCCAUCCAGUGCCUUGUCUACAGUGUUACAUAGUAUUCCGUCUGGGAGAAAACAGAAAAAAAUUCCUGCUGCUCUCAAAGAAGUUUCAGCAAACACAGAAGACUCCUCAAUGAGUGGCUAUUUAUAUAGAUCAAAGGGCUGCAAAAAACCAUGGAAACACCUGUGGUUUGUCAUAAAAAAUAAGGUGCUAUACACAUAUGCUGCUAGUGAGGAUGUUGCAGCACUGGAGAGUCAGCCUCUACUGGGAUUCACAGUCUCUGAAGUAAAGGAUGAAAACUCAGAGUCUAAAAUAUUCCAUUUACUGCACAAAAACACUUUAUUUUACAUAUUCAAAGCAGAUGAUUCUCAUUCAGCUCAAAAGUGGAUAGAAGCUUUUCAAGAAGCCACCAUAUUAUAGCUGCCUCAGCACCAUCUCUGAGCCUAAAGGAGCAAAAGUCAUCAAAGGAUGACAAGAAAUGGAGUACAGCAAUUUUGUUUAAAAAUGGACUUUACCAGCAUCAACCUAAACACAAUUUGUAUAUUUAUGAGAAUUAGGAGUUGUUGCCUUUUUUUUAGGUGUAAGGUAAUAUUUUUUAAAGACAUUUGUGUAUUUGUUGGUUUUUUCAUACAAAAUGUGUUAUUUAUUAAAUUCCAAUGUUUACUUAAUGGUCAGAAUCAUUUCUAAGGUUCGCGUUGAAUUCUAAAGUGCCCUUGUCUUUAGAAUAGCAGACGGCUUUGUCAGAAAACUGUUUAAAAAAAAAAAAAAAACGCUUUAUUGCAGCAUUACAAUUUGUACAGUUCUUGAGUUGCUGAUAAUCAUUUUGCAAUUUAAAAAGAACAGUUCAAAGAAGAAGAUAUUUCAACAAAACUUGAGGACACGUGGUCAGCUAUGUAAAAACUCCUUUGAUGAGCAGAUGACUGACAGGCUGCUGCUCCUCUUCAUACAAUAGGUCAAGUUUUGUGGACUAAUUUUAUUAAAAAAACACAGCCAGCUUCUGUAUCACAGAAGCCCUAGAAUUAGCGCUGCUACUUGUUGUUUAAGCUUCCACAACUCAAAGGCAAACAUUUCUUAUGCAAUAUGGAUCCGUUAUUAAAGCAAGCUGAAAGGAAAAACAGGAAAAAUAUUUUUUUCUUCAUAUUCUACAGUUGCUGAGAUUAUGCUCUCCAGCUGUCCUCAAAUUAUCAAUGCCAAAGAUGUAUUUAAAUAUACUAUCUUACCAAAAAAAAAAUGAAGAGGCAGAUUAUUUUUUUAAAUUGCUAGUAGUAAUGUAAAGCACAGGCCAAAAUUGUUUGGCAUGCAGGAAAAAAAUCAAAUAUCCUAUCAUUGUCUUUGUUUAAAAAUCCCUUUGAUACCAAUGAGAGUUCCCCAUACAGUAUGAAACAUGCAUAAAUUACAGUUCUAAUAGUUUAAGGCUAAAUAAAUAUGUUGAAAAAUCUUACAGUAUUGUACAUUUUAAAAUAAGUGUUUGAAUGGGAAUUGCCCUACCAAGAAAGCACACUGUUCUAGUGACAAUGGCAUAGAAAAUGUGUGCCAUUCAUUCCAGUACAUUUUGCUUACAUUAUUUGAUGGUUUACUUGACGCUUUAAAACAAAAUCUUUCUGCUGUUUUUAGAACUUUGUCAGUAGACCUCAUUAGGAAACACAUUGAUGAUUUUGGUGUGUUUAUUCUAUUAUUGAACUUUUGAAAAAUCAUGUUGUAUCGCCAUAGAAUAAAUGGAACAAGCACUGACAAAACAUGAA